AUGCACAAUGUCCACGUCCAACGAAAGCCCGUCACCGCGGCCUCGAGCCAUGGCCAGCCAAACCACUCUCGGGGUUUUGGCCUUGAGGUGGUCUUAAAGAAUACUCCCUGUAACUACCCAGGCCGUCGGAAAAGAGAGAAGUUGAAGAACCGCAUAAAGGCGAUUGUGCCAGUGGCAAAAUCCAUCGUUGACCCGCCUUCCGCUGUUCUGCCUGAGAAAAAGCAAGACGUGCGCCAGCUAUCGUUUCCUUCUGCCAGCUCCAGCUUCAUCGCCGAGAGUUUUCUAGAUCCCGAGGUCUUUUCCAAGGCGCAGCUGAAAGUGGUAAACGCGGAUGUGGUGGUAACAGAUGACAUAGCCGAGCUGGUCGGCAGCGUGUUGGAUAUUCAGGCUACCUCUGCCAAGUUCUUUAAAUCGGUUCACAUGUGGAUGCCGAUUAUAUCGAAACCUCACUUUUGUGCGAACCUGCUCAAUCGGUUGACCUAUAAGAGAGCUGAGCUGUUCCUGCUCGUGCUGUCUAUGAAGCUAAGCUACACACGGGUCAAAACUUGGAACACGCCAUUGUACGAGACGGUGAAACUAUUUCAGUUUAAGAUUGAGGCUUCAGGGGUGUUGUCAACCCUAGUUCUCCAGGCUUCUAUUCUCAUCGCACUCUACGAGCUGGGACAUGGCAUAUACCCGGCGGCUUAUCUCUCAGUAGGAUCCUGUGCUCGGUACGCAACGGCCCUGGGUAUCGAAAAGUCUAUUCUUUCAUCAAGCCCUGCGCAGGGUCAGUGGAUCGAAGAAGAAGAACGCCGCCGAAUGUGGUGGGCGAUUUUGGUUCUUGAUAGGUAUCUCAACUUGAGUGAUCCUAAACGGCAUCUGAUUACCAUAGAUGCGGGCUUAGAGAGUUACUUGCCUGUAGAUGAUGAAGUGUGGGAAUCCGGAAUACUCAACCCUGAUCGUAUUUAUACUUUAGCAACAGCCAAUAGCUACCACCUGGGGCUGUUUGCGAGGUUUGCACAAGCCGCGCAUCUUCUCAGCCAGGUUCUACAUCACGUCGCUGAGCAGUCCAACGAGACUGCCCAAUUACGACGCACAAUAUUUGCUGGUAUUCUCGCUCUCGACUACUCGUCGUUUAGCAAGGCCACGUACCUCUCACUUUUGGAGAAGCAAGAGAUUCUGCUCGUGAUGGAGUAG